AUGGCAAGCCAUGGUGUCCGCCGCUUCAAACCGGUGGAAAAGACCCCAGAACAGCGGCAGCAAGAGCUACAGAAGAUUGACGAAUACAAAUCCUUAGAACGCCAGGUGUCUGAGAAGGUGGCCCAACAAGAAUAUACGGACGAGACUCUACAGGGAAUUUCUGACUUGCUGAGUCGCAACCCAGAGUACUACACCGUGUGGAACUACCGGCGACAAGUCCUUCGGCGCCAGUUUUCUAAUGCUGGAGACUCUGAUGAAGAAGACUCCACCAAGAAGAUCGCAGAGCUGAUCAAAAAUGAUCUGGUGUUUCUUAUGCCUCUCCUGCGCAGCUUCCCCAAGUGCUACUGGAUCUGGAACUAUCGCAUAUGGCUAUUGGACGAAGCUCGCCGGUUGCUCCCAUUGGCCAUGUCUCGCCAGUUCUGGCAAGAAGAGCUAGUCCUCGUGGGCAAGAUGUUGACGUUGGACAGUCGGAACUUCCAUGGCUGGGGAUACCGUCGCCUCGUGGUGGAGACCUUGAAGCAACUGGGAACCCCCGCCGAGUCUGCCAGCAUGACCCAGAAGGAAUUCGAGUAUGCGAAAAAGAUGAUCGGCGCCAAUCUGUCCAACUUUUCCGCGUGGCACUACCGCACAAAGCUUAUCCAGCGAUUACUCGAGGAACAGUCGGCCAGUGAUGAUGAGCGGAGGAAGAUGUUGGAGGACGAGUUGACUCUCAUUCAUCAAGCACUGAUUGAUCCUUAUGAUCAGUCCUUAUGGUUUUAUCACCAGAAUCUGAUGUGUGUGUUUGAUCCGGCCGUCGCCUCCCGGACUAUGGCUCCGAAUCUGAGCACGUCAGAGCGACUUCAAUAUCUGCGAAAUGAAAUCGAAGCUAUCCGGGAGAUGCUCGAUGGGGCGGAGGACUGCAAGUAUAUCUACCAGGCGCUGAUUGAAUGUACCUUGCUGGUUUCAAAGGUGGCCGGUUCAUUAUCGACCGAGGAUCGAGAACAGAUUCUGAGCUGGCUCUCGGAGUUGAAGCAACUUGAUCCGUUGAGGAAAGAUAGGUGGCUGGAUUUUGAGAAGACUCUACCAGUGUAA